AUGAUUAUUCCUGAGACCUUGCAAAGGAAGCAAGUAGCGCGUGUGUUGAAGGCCAAGCCGAGACCCAGAGCAGGCUCUGCACAGCCAGUCAGACUGACCAGCUGCAUCUUCAAGAGUCUGAUCACUCGAGUCUGCCCACCCGGGCAAUGUGGUUCAACACUUGCUGACAGAGGGGUACCUGGAGAAGCCCCAGCAGGUCUGUGCACUCAGGCGACUGCAGGGGCUCUGCGCCAGCAGCAACGAGGGAGAGCCUUUACCCACUUUGGAAUUUGCAAACUCCUGGAAGAUGACAGCACCAGCAAUCCCAAGCAGAUCCCCAGGUCCGGUUGGUGCUGGGGGUCUGCAGUCCAGGCCCAAGCCAGCCUCCAAGGUGGUAGUGGUGAUUCCACCAGCAGAUCUGGGUGUCUCCUGGCCUUCUCCAGCUGGCAGGUAACUCCUGAGGACAUCAAAAGGCAGACAAGGAAAGUGAAGGAGCUGAGGAGGAGACUGGCUGAGGCCCUGCAGGCAGACAAGAUCAUCAGAGAGGAAGAGAAGGUGGGGAGGGGAGACUGA